AGAGGUUCUCCAGGAAAACUUUAUCUACCCUUCUCUAUUCUCUCUAAAUAUUUCUGACUCUCGAAGCACUCCAGGAUCAAACGUUUGAUUUGUGUCGCAUUGAUUUUUUGUGACAGUUAAAGAGGAACGGAGCAGUAAAUGAGUUGAGCUCGAGACACAGCAUCCUCUCCGUCAGGUUGAGCUCACUGCCCUUCAGACGGGAGGUUUUCUGCGGCUCUGCACUGGAGUUUCACGGACACAUUUUCUUCUUGGAAGUACACACAAUAGACUGAGAAUUUAUUCAUAUAUUUAAUCGAUCAGAGUCGAGGACAGGAAAUUAAUAUUUCUCACACAACGCCGUUACGCAUGGUGGGAAUUUCUACUUCUUUUCAGUAUCGCAGUGAGAAGCGCUCCACCAUGCCCGACUCACCUGCUGAUGUGAAAACACAGUCCAGGUUAACUCCGCCCACCAUGCCUCCUCCCCCCACAACGCAGGGAGCUCCCCGGACAAGCUCCUUCACCCCUACUGCAUUAACCAACGGCACCAGUCACUCUCCCACUGCGCUUAACGGAGCUCCAUCUCCGCCCAAUGGCUUCAGCAACGGGCCUUCGUCUUCAUCUUCCUCCUCGCUGGCCAAUCAGCAGCUCCCACCAGCCUGCGGCGCGAGGCAACUCAGCAAGCUUAAACGUUUCCUUACGACGCUGCAACAGUUUGGCAAUGACAUCUCACCCGAGAUAGGAGAGCGAGUGCGGACGCUGGUGUUGGGCCUUGUGAACUCCACUUUAACCAUUGAGGAAUUCCACUCCAAACUGCAAGAAGCGACCAACUUCCCACUCCGACCUUUUGUCAUCCCGUUUCUGAAGGCCAACCUGCCACUACUACAGAGGGAGCUGGUGCACUGUGCACGGCUGGCCAAGCAGAACCCAGCUCAAUAUCUCGCCCAACACGAGCAGCUUCUGCUGGACACCAGCACCACCUCACCUGUUGACUCAUCUGAACUUCUGAUGGAUGUGAAUGAGAACGGCAAGAGGAGGACGCCUGACAGAACCAAAGAGAACGGCUUUGAGCGGGAGCCUCUCCACCCCGAGCACCCCAGCAAAAGGCCCUGCACUAUCAGCCCUGGGCAGCGCUUCAGUCCCUCCAACGGGCUCUCCUACCAGCCCAACGGCCUGCCUCACCCCACACCGCCCCCUCCGCAGCACUACCGCCUGGAUGACAUGGCCAUCGCACACCACUACAGAGACUCUUACCGCCACCCCAACCACCGUGAGAUCCGUGACCGGCCUCGACCUCUGGGGAUGCACGGCAGUACACGGCAAGAGGAAGUCAUAGAUCACAGACUCACAGACAGAGAAUGGGCAGAAGAGUGGAAGCACCUUGACCAUGUAAGAAAACUCCUGAACUGCAUCAUGGAUAUGGUGGAGAAGACACGUCGCUCCCUGACAGUUUUGCGGAGGUGUCAGGAGGCAGACAGGGAGGAGCUCAACUACUGGAUCCGUCGUUACAGCGAUGCUGAAGACCUGAAGAAGACCAGCAGCUCCAGCAGCAGUCAGUCCAGACAGCAGAGCCCCGCCAGUCAAGAAAGCAACAAUUUAGACAUUCACAGGGAGCUUCUUCACAGGCCUGUAUCUGGAUACGUACCCGAAGAGAUCUGGAAGAAAGCUGAAGAAGCUGUGAAUGAGGUGAAGAGGCAGGCCAUGUCCGAACUGCAGAAAGCCGUGUCGGAGGCGGAGCGCAAGGCCCAUGAGAUGAUCAGCACCGAGCGAGCCAAGAUGGAGCGCACGGUGGCCGAGGCCAAAAGGCAGGCGGCGGAGGACGCGCUGUCAGUCAUCAACCAGCAGGAGGAUUCGAGUGAGAGCUGCUGGAAUUGUGGACGCAAAGCGAGCGAGACCUGCAGCGGCUGCAACACAGCGCGAUACUGCGGUUCCUUCUGCCAGCACAAGGACUGGGAAAAGCACCACCACGUAUGCGGUCAGACCCUGCAGGCACAGCAGCAAGGAGAGGCCCCCGCCACCGUCAGCUCCUCAGCCACCCCCAGCAGCGGGGCCGGCAGCCCCGCCGACACGCCCUCCGCCGCCACCCCGCGCUCUGCCACGCCCGGCACGCCCUCCGCCAUAGAGACCACGCCCCGCUAAAGUCUGAGCGAAACUGACUCUGAUGUCUCAGCCUGCCGGGGACUGACUCACCUGCCUCACUCGCUCAAAUAUGCUAACGCUAGCACGCUAACAAAGAGAGAAAAGACUAUUCUUAGGGCGAUCACCUACAGGAGGUCCAUUUCAGGUCAUAUUGACUUGCCAUGAUAGAGAACGCAAAGAUAUUCUUUGUUUUAAAUUCUCCUCGUUCUUUAUUGUUACUACAUUUAUUAUCAAUUCUUGUCGGUGAUGUCGUUUAUUGUUGUUGUGGCUCUCGUAUACGUUCAUGUAAAUAAGAUGAGAAAAUAGACAGCUGGGACCUCCCUUUUUUCUUUCUUUACGUUCUCAAAGCUCUCUAUCCAGUAGCUGGGAAACUAUUUGACCUCAUUCAAAGACACUUUAAACAAAGAAAAACCAAGGAGAUACUUCAUAUUUGAUGUAAGCGAUUCGAAAACAAACAGCAUUGAGGAAUAAACACGCCACGCAUGGCAUCUGCGUCGUACGUGGUGGAGUAAACGUUGGACGGCGUUUCCGGCUCACUAGCUGAACUCCGCAGAUGUGCAGCAGGAACGCAGAUGUUCAUCCCUCUUCUGCAAGAUCAUAUCCAGGUCAAUGGUCUGAGAAAUAUAAAAAGCUGGAAUGUGAGGGCGAACCAGAUCAGAUUCUUGCUGGAUGUCGAACACCACACAGCGUAAUGAACGAUGCGCUCUUGCACUCCAAACAGGAAGUGAAGUCAUCAGCCCACCAGAGCAGGACUGUCACGUCCUCACUACAUGACAGCCGCCGGAGAAACAAAGGGCUGAGAAAUUACCCAUAAAUCACGGCCCGAUCCCGUCCUGCCUAUCUCUAACUCUUCCAUCAAUCCUUGUUUUUGCUUCUUCUAGAUCUCAUUGUGUUAAACACUCGUGUCCUGUGCCGUCUCCGAUGGUUAUUUAUUGUACAUGUGCUGGACAAUUGUGACGACGCAUAAUAGUUUAAACCACAGUCACAACUUUUCGAUUCACCUUUCUAGGCUUCUAGGUGCGAAACAUCUUUUCUCUUGUUUUCUCUCUCGCAAGCUGCUUUUCUAUUCGUGUGUGUUCGUGGUAGUCCCCUUGUAGUUCUCUUAAAAGAAGACGAACGCUUUUCCCGUUGUCCUCGAAAGACAAACGCUAUCUCAGUGCUGCUACUUCAGUAUCAUUCGAAUCUUUUUUCUGAGAUCUAGCAUGUUACAUGGAAUGCUAACAUAAAUGUUUUUGUACAUGGGACGUACAUAAAUGUAUUUGCACUGUCACGAUUUCUCUUGGCAUGCUUCUUUUGGCAGUUUUUCCCGUCACUUCACGGUUUAUCUUUGGAGUGCUUGGUUACAUAUCUGUGAUUUUGAUUUAUUUCUUGUUAAAAAAACAAAAGAAAAACGACAAAACAGAGGUAUCGCAAUCUGCUUUCACUGACAUUUUUUUCCUAACAUAAUGGCAACGUUCGCUUUGAAUAGGACAGCGCAUGCACAUGCAUACUGAACGCUAUGGUAUAUGUUGUUUUGUUUUAUACAAAAAUGAAAAAAUGCACAAAAAAACACACUAACUUUCCAAAUGCAGAGGUAAACAGACAGCUUUAACACUGCAGAGCACCAGGAUACACAGUAUUAACAUGGAAGACAGCCAAAGACAGACAUGAAGGACCAAAACCUGAUUUUAUCCAAACAAACAACAAAUAUUCACUCUUUUAUUGAAGCAUUAAGCAGGUUUUAAAUACCAUCCGAAAACCUUUAAUUCUCCCCGUCCGGUUCAGCUCGCAUGGGAGAAGAAGCCACACAAAACCAUGUAGCAGUUCUUGAGGCAAGAGGGUUCACGUACGUCCGAGACGGUCUGAAUGAUUGAGCAAUAAUCCAAAAGUCGACAACAAUUUCAUCUUUGAUGUUUUCCCUUCCGUGACUCUUCGCGAAAAGGCGACGCACUCGAAAUAGCCCGGCCGAAGCUGUUCGCAUUCAUAAACGACGCAUGCAACCAAACGUUCAAGUGUUUCAGCUCAUGAUAUAAAGCCAUGUUAGAUAGAAACAGUUUGUUUCUAAAACUAAACAAACAAGACAAAACCUCCAAAAUGGCUUGAGAGGAAGCGAGGACUAUAUAAGCACUUCGACAGCUCUCGCCCCAAAACCAUGGUGCUAAACGCUGCCUAUUUGACCUCUCGGGAGGAGACUCCUGCUAUACAGUACAUGCUAUGGUUAAAUAAUCCAAAAAGUAAGGUGUAAGACACCUGUCCGAAACUUCACAAAAGCUGCGUAUUUGAGAAAAACGUAUAUAUAUAGUGAAGUGAUCAGGGGCGACCUGAAUAAAAAAAUAAGCACGGGCAAAGCGGACGCCUCCUUCUCCUUCCCACGCUAGUACGUCUGUUUUGCUACGACCUUUUUCCUCGGUGGCAAAAAGUCUCACUCUACCUCUGACAGCAUGUUAGGAGCACCAGUCGCCGAGCGGACGCUGGUCUAGUCAAACCAAAUGGGCACUUGAGAACAAGACUUAAACCCAAAGGUAAAGCUCAUACAGCUGUAAACCAUAUCACUACUUGGUAACAAUGCAGACCUCAUGAGAAAAAAACGUAAGAUGAAUAGAAUACGUAAGAUAAAAAUAACAAAAAAAACUUUUUUUACGUUCCUUACGUCGUACAGAUCGCUUUGAGUUUGUAAAUACGGCAACUCAAAGUAAAAAAGAUGACUCCAUUUGAUAUACACUUUAAGAUGAGAAAUGUGAUAAUCGCCCUCCUUUUCACCUGCACCCCCCCUCUUCCCGUUUCUGUCCUCUGUUGUGAGACACGCUAUAGGCCGCUCGUAGGUUCAUGUUUAUGGGAGUUCACGCAGUGAACAAUCUUCGCUUGCCGGUGCGUGAGGUGUUUUCAACUUUAGGUUAAAAAGGGACGGUGGAAACACAAAGUGAAGUGGUGGGUGGGUUCAGGGAUGGGCAGUCGUAGGGUUCUUGGAAAUCUUUAUUGUGAAAAAAACUCAUGAAAGUCGUUGUGCAAUACUUAACGGAAACAUGAACCACAGGUGAAGGUGGACUGGGAGGCUGCGGUCUCUCGGUAUACUCUUGGGUUUUUGAGUCUACUGUGUCAGAACUGUGGUUUCUUGUUGAAUCUGUUUUCUUUAUUUUAUUCUCUCAUUUUGGGGGGCUGUAGUAAAUGGUCUGUCAGUCUGUGAAUCUUUGCAGUAUGAUUCUGGUAUUGUUGUACUCUUUACUGUGUAAUAAAUAUGUUCAUACCUG